AUUGUGUUUUCCCGCCAAAACUGAGAAAUUGCGUUUUCCCGCCAAAAUCGAAAAAUUGCGUUUUCCCGUCACAAUUGAGAAAUUGUGUGUUUCCCGCCAAAACCGAAAAAUUGCGUUUUUCCCAAAAUUGAAAAAUUGGGUUUUCUCGCCAAAACCGAGAAAUUGCGUUUUCCCGCCAAAAUUGAAAAACUGCGUUUUCUCGCCAAAACCGAGAAAUUGCGUUUUUUUGUCAAAACCGAAAAAUUAUGUUUCCCGCAGAAACCAAGAAAUUAUGUUUCCUGCCAAAACCGAGAAAUUGCAUUUUCCCGCCAAAUUUAUGAAAUACAUUUUCCCCUCAAAAUUGUGAAAUUAUGUUUUCCGUCAAAAUCGUUAAUUUUUUAUUUUAACGAUAGAACCAUUUUUUUUGUUAAAUUGUAAAGUUAUGAUUUCUUUUGUUAAACUCAUGAAAAUAUGUUUUAGGAAGCCCAUGGACAUCCAUUGUCCAUUUGGUCUUCGUCCAAUUAGACCAUGUACCAAUUGGUCUUUUGUCCAAUUAGACCGUUUAUUAAUUGGGCACGUCCAUAGCCCGCCCAAAAUGAAUUGGACUGGACUAGCCCAUAGUCGAUCCGUCCAGUUGACACCUCUAAAUGUUACGGGUGGCGUGUACAUGAAACGUCUCAAUUUAUUAUGUGGCACGUCGACUUGAAUCUUUCAACCGAACACGACUCAAAAUAUAAUUAACUUUUGCAGUUUCCCAAAUGGUGCCUUCUCAAUGGCCCCAUCUGUUUACAAUUUUAUUAAAAUGAAAUGACCAAGAUUUCGUCCGUAGUGGAUAUAACCAAAGAAGCCGAAAGUGACACUACAAGCAUACACCUUCAUACAUUUACUUAUUUGCUUGUAGACGUUCUAUGUACGAUCUAUUUGGUCGUGAUUCGUGAACGUAUAUCCAUAUGAAUGAUUCAGCGUUAAAAAAAAAUCUUAUGAAGGGUCAAAUAUUUUUUGAUAUAUGUGUUGCAUCGGCAUUUUUCUAUUUCUUUUGAGCAUCUUAUAAAUGAAAUUUAUUAUAGGGGCAAUGUAAGAGAUGUCAUCAAAUCGACAAAAAAGUAUUUGCUUUAAACAAGAUAAGGUAGUACAUCAGACUCGGAAAAGUGCUAAAUACCCCAAAUUCGAAGUCUACUAAAUUCGUAUUUAUCCGUUUGUGUGGUCAGACGACGUGUGAUGCACCCUGGAUCGUAGACCCGAGCAAGGAUGAUGCACAACUCGACCCAACCGAAGUUUCCCAAUCGGAUAAUGCAACCAUGGUCGAGCCAGAAGCUAGCUUGGAAAAGAAAGGACUUAGAGAAUGAAUGCAACCCCGUGGAUACAUAUCUGUGGAUGUCACACCUAUGGAAGGAACUAAGUGGAAGCAACGAUCAAUUGACCUUGAAGAUAUCAUGGAGCUAGACACACAUGAACACUUUGGACGAGCUGGACGAAGUGACACUUACUUGGGCGAGCUGGUCGAGCUGAAUCAAAGUGAUACUUACAUAUCUGAGCUGGAUGGGCUGAGUGAGCUAAGUGACACUAGCUUGGAGCUGAAUGAGCUAAGUGACACUGAAGAUGGAGCUGGUUUAGUUGCUGGGCGAAAUGAGCCUUUUUCAGCCCAAAGAAAAAUUCGACCAGGCCUUUGGUGAUGGUCUCCUGCCCAUUUUCAUCAAGAAAUAUCAACAAAAAAAGUCAGAUACGUGGUCAGGCAAAGGGUCAUUCAACAACACACUUAUUUCUGGUCAAAAGUCUUAGUCUUGUUUUUGUUUUCUAAGUUUCUAGUUUUCUACAAAAACUCUUAGUCUUUCUUUGACCACAAGUACUAUAAAUAUGUAAUCCCUUUCAUGAAAUAAGACAUAUUGUUUUCCCCUUUUUGUGAGUUUAUCUCAUUUGUUCUUUGUAGAACACUUUUCGUUUCUUGGUGAGGUUAUCUCCAAGUAAACUUUCUCUAUUUCGUUGGACUUGUGCGUCAUAUCAAGCAACGAUUAGAAACCCUUCCUUUGUUGGACUUGUGCGUCAUAUCAAGCAACAAUUGAAGUCUGGUAGUAUCAAGAGACUUUCUGCACCUCUUGUGUCACCAUUCGAUCCAUCAUUUCUCUCUUUUGGCGAGAUCAUAUCCUUUCAGUCCGUUUGAGUGAUCCUGUCUGAUCUAGGACGUAUCAAGUGGUAUCAGAGCCACUCAACCGGUACUAUCUAUCCAUCUUUCUCAUCUUCCAUUUCUAAACACUUCUUCUUCAUCUUUCUAUCUCAAAUCCAAGCCACUACCUUACCUAUCGCCAUUCUUCUAUUAAAAAAAACAGAAAAGAAAAAAAAGAUCUAUAAAAAAAGAAGGAAAAAAAAAUCGAAAAGUUUUGAUUUAUUUGGCUAGGUGGUGGAAAAGAAAUCCUGCUGGCUGAGGAGAAAUCCAGCCUUGGAGUGGUUAAUACGGAUUUCAAAAUUCAAUUUUCUUAUAUUCCUAUCUUGUGUUUCAUCUCUUGCUUGCUUGGAAAAAUCCAUUGGGUUACUUUAUUUGUUCUCUUAGAACUCUGAGAGGAGACUUUUGAGGGACCACUAAAAUCUGAGAGAAAAAACUUGUGUGGGUGAGAUAAACACUUGAGAGUGUGAGGAUUAUUUUUAUCUGUUAACCUUUUGUAUUGAGAAUUUUCAGGUUAAGAUGUUUGGACUUCACAAGAAGAGUAGCCAAGAGAAAUUCCAACGACAUGCUAAUUAUCAUUCUUCAUCUCAAAACUUGUUGAAUGUUUUUGAUGAUUUUGUUCCUGUGCAGGAAAGACUAACCCAAAGAAAACCACAUGAGAUGCCUAACCGGAGGUGCAAGGAACAGUUUAAAACGUCCAGAGAUGAAGCUGUUCAAAGAAGGCUUUUCAGUCAGUUUGAAAUCCAAGAAUUUUGUGACAAUCUUGUAGAGGGAGUGGUGAAAGCACUCAAGGACGUCAGAAAAAGCCACAAGAAGAGCACAACCACACGUGCACCUGUAGCUGAACCAUCAUUAUUCAUCAAUGAAAAAUCUAAAGGUAAAUCGAAAAACAACCUUGAAGAUCUAAAAGAUUUUUCAGAUUCUUUACCAACUUAUGAUGAAUAUAAUGAAGAGAUGUUGGAGAGUUUGAUCAUUUGUGAGGAUGAAUGUGAUAUUCCUUCUCCAAAAUAUGAUUUUAUGUUUGAUGAUGAAGAGACUAAUAGACUAACCUGUUUUGAACCGGAUCAUCCGAGUAGUCUUGUUCUAGUUUCACAGGAUUUUGAGAAAGAGCAAUUCAACUACCCACAACAAGGACCUCUUCUUGACACUAGGAGACCCAUGGACGCUGAUCUAGGUCCCAUCUUUGAUGAGGAAAACGAACUUGAUCCAAUCCUUGAAGAGGAAGCACCAAGCAUAACAUCCAUCAACAUGGAGAAUCAUCUUUGCUUUGAUCUCGGAUAGACAUGUUCAGUCUCGGAUUCAGUCUCAGAAAAGUGAAAGCAUAGACCAGGAUUAUAAGCCUCAGGUUUGGAGAUUCAUAUACUCAAGGAAAAUGGUAUCAAAACUUUAAGGAAGUUUCUUUCCAAAAUUUUCUUUCAUUGAAUUUUACAUGAUUUUAAAAUUCUUUUUGUCUGAUUCAUUUUCUUUUGAUUCAGGUAAAAUGGAUUUGAGGACAAAUCCUUUUCAAGAGGGAGGAAAUAAUGCACCCUGGAUCGUAGACCCGAGCCAGGAUGGUGCACAACUCGACCCAACCGAGGUUUCCCCAUCGGAUGAUGCAACCAUGGUCGACAGAAGCUAACUUAGAAAAGAAAGGACUUAGGGAGUGGAUGCAAUCCCAUGGAUGCAUAUUUGUGGAUGUCACACCUAUGGAAGGAACUAAGUGGAAGCAACGAUCAAUUGACCUUGAAGAUAUCAUGGAGCUAGACACACAGGAACACUUUGGACGAGCUGGACGAAGUGACACUUACUUGGGCUAGCUGGUCGAGCUGAAUCAAAGUGACACUUACAUAUCUGAGCUGGAUGAGCUGAGUGAGCUGAGUGAGCUAAGUGACACUAGCUUUGAGCUAAAUGAGCUACGUGACACUGAAGAUGAAGCUGGUUUAGUUGCUGGGCGAAAUGGGUCUUUUUCAGCCCAAAGAAAAAUUCAUAACAAAUUCAAUUUGGGUCGGUUUUACACCAAAUUCGACCAGGCCUUUGGUGAUGGUCUCCUGCCCAUUUUCAUCAAGAAAUAUCAACAAAAGAAGUCACAGACGUGGUCAGACAAAGGGUUAUUCAACAACACACUUAUUUCUGGUCAAAAGUCUUAGUCUUUGUUUUUGUUUUCUAAGUUUUUAGUUUUCUACAAAAACUCUUAGUCUUUCUUUGACCACAAGUACUAUAAAUAUGUAAUCUCUUUCAUGAAAUAAGACAGAUUUUUUUUUUUCCAUUUUUUCUGAGUUUAUCUCCUUUGUUCUUUGUAAAACAUUUUUCGUUUUUUGCUGAGGUUAUCUCCAAGUAAAUUUUCUAUA